UCUGGGUUGGUUUUGUCGGUUUUUUUUUUUUCUUCCCCCAACUUUUUCCAGAAGUUUCUCCACGGCCCCUUAUAAACCCCGGGGACAAAGGAGGUGGACGGGGAAGGCGAGUGAAGCCCCGCGGAAGAGUGAAAAAAGGCAAACGUUGACCCCACUAUGAAAGAGUUUCAAGCAGGUCCUCCAAGAUGCCUGGUGCUGCUGAAACCAUGUGGAUUACCCUGGUGCUUGCCCUCAGCAGCCUCUCUGCAGCCGUCCCCUCGGAGGACAGGAAGCUGAGCGACAAGGCUGCCGCGCUGGCCGACCGCAGCACCACCUUAGCCUUCAACCUCUACCACGCCAUGGCGAAGGACAAAGACACGGAGAACAUCCUCCUGUCCCCCGUGGUGGUGGCCUCUUCCCUUGGCCUCGUCUCCUUGGGGGGCAAAGCCACAACUGCCUCCCAAGCCAAGGCCGUGCUCAGCGCUGACAAACUCAACGAUGAGUAUGUGCACAGCGGUCUGGCUGAGCUCCUCAGCGAGGUCAGCAACAGCACCGCCCGCAACGUCACCUGGAAGAUCGGCAACCGCCUCUACGGCCCGGCCUCCAUCAACUUCGCCGACGACUUCGUGAAGAACAGCAAGAAGCACUACAACUAUGAGCACUCCAAGAUCAACUUCCGAGACAAGAGGAGCGCCCUGAAGUCCAUUAAUGAGUGGGCAGCCCAAACCACGGAUGGGAAACUCCCGGAGGUGACAAAGGAUGUGGAGAAAACCGAUGGGGCCCUCAUUGUCAACGCCAUGUUCUUCAAGCCUCACUGGGAUGAGAAAUUCCAUCAUAAGAUGGUGGACAACCGUGGCUUCAUGGUGACCCGUUCCUACACUGUGGGUGUUCCCAUGAUGCAUCGUACAGGUCUCUACAAUUACUAUGAUGAUGAGACAGAGAAGCUCCAGGUAGUAGAGAUGCCACUUGCUCACAAGCUCUCCAGCAUGAUCUUUAUCAUGCCAAACCAUGUAGAGCCUCUGGAGAGGGUUGAGAAACUGCUGAACAGGGAGCAGCUGAAGACCUGGGCUGGGAAGAUGAAGAAGAGAUCAGUGGCCAUCUCACUGCCUAAAGUUGUCCUGGAAGUCAGCCAUGAUCUUCAGAAACACUUGGCUGAUCUGGGCCUGACAGAAGCCAUUGAUAAAACCAAGGCUGACUUGUCAAAGAUCUCUGGCAAGAAGGAUCUUUACCUCUCCAAUGUCUUCCAUGCUGCUGCUCUUGAGUGGGACACAGAAGGGAACCCCUAUGAUGCUGACAUCUAUGGCCGAGAGGAGAUGAGGAACCCCAAACUCUUCUAUGCUGACCACCCCUUCAUCUUCAUGAUCAAGGACACCAAAACCAACUCCAUUCUCUUCAUUGGCAGACUCGUGAGGCCCAAAGGGGACAAGAUGCGUGAUGAGUUGUAGUUAGGUUUGGGUUUGGUUUUUGGUUGGGUUUUUUUUCCAGAGCUUUGGUUUGUGUGGUUUUUUGUUUGGUUUUUUUUUUUUUUUAGUGGGGGGGAUUUCAAAAAAGGGGAAACACUUAUUUUGUAUCCUUCUCGAACUAUGGGUGCUAUUCAGACCAGGGUGCAUUGUGAUGAGAAACCAGCAUACACUUUACCUCACCCCAAAAUACUUAAUUGCACAAACCCACCUCCAGAGAGGACCAGGACAGUCUGGCACAAGAGGGGUCACCAGGAGUUCACCAGAAGGGAACUGGCAUGCACUGUCUCAGCUACUGGCAUCCUCAGCUGAGAUGUUCAGGCUGAUGCUGAGCUCCCCCCUGCACUAGAGUUAAGCCUCCUGCUAAGAACCUUGCUGCUACCAUCACUCCUGCAAAAGCACAGGCCCCUCACCCUUCCACCUCAGAUGCUUCUGCACAUUUAGCUCUACCACUUGCUUCUGCUUUGAUGCUACGUUGCACCACAACCAGAGCUGCUCUGGUCACUUUGCAGUUGUUCCUUCCUUCUCUUGUUUUUAUCUUCAGUGGUAUAUGAUAGAACAACCAAUUUUGAAGCCCAGCCUCCCCCACAACAACCCUGGGAGCAGAGCAGGGCUGUGACAGCACCUAAAAAUGGAUAUUGUGUGGAGUUGUCCCCUUCUGUCCUGCCUAACCCUGCUCUGGAUGACUGUUAAGAUGCUUUAACCACAGGAAGUUACCAGCAGCUACACCCUGCAAACAGAAAUGCAGCUUGCUCAACACUGACAGAGAAAUGAAGUGGCUCAGGAGUGGCAGCAGAGGGGCCAAAGAGCAGAUGGACUUCUAGAAAGAUCUGGGGAUUAGGAAGGGGGCUCUUGGGGGCCAAUAUCUGGAAUGAAACAUCAGGCAGAGAGAACACAUCUCUUGGUGCCUCUGCAGCAGCACACAGGGUUAGGAAAAAAAGAGUGAAAAGUGUGGAAGUUCUCCCACUUACACCCGGGGCUGGUACCCAACAGCUCUCAUAGCAGGCCAAGGGACUCCUGGGGAAGCUGGGUGAGGUUCACUUCCACUUUCUUGUUUUAAAUCCAGAGAUUUAAAGCUGGAAUUACCUGAUUUCCAAACACCCUUUUUCUGAAGCUCCUCUCCUCCAGGAUUCUUCAGCUCCCUGUUGGCUGACUGGAUAAGGGCACGCUGAAAAACAAAUGUAUUUAUAGUUAUAUUUAUGUCUGAUCACCAGCAAGUUUCACAGCCUGCACCAGCCUAGACUUGGAGGCUAUUCCUGGCUUGUCUCAAAGGAAUAUCAUCAGGAUGACAUUAAUUAAAGCUGCACAUGAUCCCAUAAGCACUGAAACACGUUAGGUGAGUCUUGCUACACACUGAGACCUCACAGACCAAGUGGUGGCAAAGAUUUUUGAGAGAAAUCUUGGAGUGUCAAUGAUUUUGAAACCAGCAAGGCCACCACACUGCUUGGGUUUCAUUUAUAUGCUUGCUGUCAGGUUGCUUACACAGAAGCCCAGUACUGCAUCUUUUCAGGCCAUCCACAGGACAUAUUUCCACUUAUUUAUUAAGUUAAAACUACAAAGUCUCUUAUUAGCUGUUUCCUGCAGGCAAAACCCCAGCAGCUCACACCCCCAGGGCUGCCCUAAAGGUGCCUUCUUUAGGUUUGCAAGGUGAAAAAAUUACAGAAAUGCUCAUCUGCCCCAAUUCCUAUCCAAGCCAGCCCAAAUGGGAGGUUCUUAAUCCUUUUAAGCCUCUUCUCAGAUUAUUCCCAGGUGUUUUUCCCACUGUUGGCAGGCAGGAGGCAAUCCAAGCCUGAAGGGGUGUAUGCUGAGACACAACCCAGUGAACCAACACACUAAAACCCACACGCUGCAGCACACUGGGGGAUUGUAGGGGGGGUAAAAGGGGUGGGGGGCAAGGCAAAAAAAACACUGUGGGAUCUUGUGAAUAAUUUGCAUCAUGUGGAUGCAGGUGUCUGGUGGCUUUUAUUGUCUGUUCUUGCACCAGAAGGUGAGUGACAGUCGUGUAAUUUUGCAAUAAAACUUUUUUUCAGUGA